GUAGGCUGUCCGCAUCCUCUGCUGAUUUCGAGAAUGACACAUGAUUAUUACGAUUAUUCAUCGGAUGAUGAAGUAAUUGAAUUUCGGAGAAGAAACGAUGAAGCACGAAGGGUGCGACAAAAGGCGAGACAACAAAUUUUCGAUGAACCUCAAGAGGUAGACACCAAACAAGUUCGUCAAUUGGCGCGUGACGUCCGUGCACGCGUUUAUGAUGACUACUCAGAAGCAGCCCACAAAUCCAGACAACAGGACCGCAAGACACUGGAGUACAUUGACGCAGUUUUGAACCAGACCAAUCCUUCAUAUGGAGCUUACCGCAAGUCGACGACACCGCUUCCGGUACGUACAAAACACCGCAAAAACCGUCGGGGAUCACAAUCUGACUACUAUAUUGUUGCUGAAACAAAUAGCAGUGGAAACGAGGAUGAAUAUCACGUACAUAUGGAGCCGAGACAACCUGUCAUUCAACCUUCGGAAACAGCAAGGCAAAGGGUUCGUCGUAUUGAGGCACGGCUGGACGGUAUUUUGGACUACGAGUUACCAAGUGCGGAUAACUUCAGAAGUAUGCGCCACUCACUGCGUGAGAUCAAUGACAAAAUGGCGACGCAUAAACUGCUACUUGAUCGUCGAACCAACUACGAGUUACCAAGUGCGGCUGAACGCAGUCGAAACAGACUGCACGGCACAGGUUUCGAUCCAGCCUUGAUACCGGGCUAUGUGACAGGUCUGAGUGUGACCAACUCGGAGCAGACAGCGGAGCUGCGUGGACGUAUUCGCACCUUGUUGUGUAGAACUCGAAGAACAGCGGGCUCGGAAGACAAGCAUACCAGUUUGGCCAGACGCAGAAGGGAAAUUACCGUGAAAUAAGCUGACAACGUCAAAAUGAGAGACAACCGCAUGCUUAGCUACCAAAACAAAGCGCAUAACCCAACAGCCCCAGUUGACAAUAAUGUUGAAUAGCCCCCAGUGAAACAACAACGACUCUAACAUAGUUGACAACCCGAACCCCCAUUAAUUCCCAUUAACUAUUCCCGAAUGCCUUGAGGGAAAAUACAUCAGUAACUGAUACGCCGGUUUCCUCACUAAGACAAAUUGAACAGCACAGAAAACGUGUAAGGAACAAUGGUGAUGAUAUAGUGAUGAAGAUAAGUUGGUCCAAGGCUGUCCCUAUUAGGUCCGUCUAGAAAGCAUGCCAAUGUGAGGUUUGUCAGAUGGGUUCUGUCUGAUUCGGUUGAGCAUAAACAUAGGCAGGCAUCAUAGCAGAACAAAAGCGGGUUAAACGACAGAGUUGGCUCAUGAGUGAUUGAAAGACUGGCCUACUUUAAAUUGAACAAGACGUAAUUCAAGGGCGUUUGGAAGACCUAGCUAGAAAAGAGAGGGGGAGAUACAUAUAUACAUGUAGAUGAAGUUUGCUGAAAGCCCGGGUGACUGACCACUGACCAAUCUACCAAUAGAUUUCAGUGUUUUAAAGUAGAACGAGUAUUGGAUGGGUCUGGCUGAGAUGACGGGCUCGUUGAAGGACCGGCUAACCCAAAAAGCCAUCUAUGAUGGGGAGAGUGUUGUUCAGAUUGUUGCUUCUGCUUCUGUUGUGUCAACUUUGCCUCGGCCUUUAGACGUUUCUUCUCAGCUUUGGCGCGGUCUUUUUCAAGCCUGGCUAACUGCUUCCUAUGCGCUUUCUCUGCCUUCUUCAUCUGCCUGUAGGCCGACGGUUUGAAAAGCGUACCCAACAUCCUAUCGUCCGUGGAAGGCAGACGUGGAAGCGUAGACGCCGCAGUAGAGGGUCUUCGUUCAGGAGACUGGUAUGGUGUUAUGUUUGUCGAAACAGCACCCAGCGGUUCGUCCUCGUGGAACACAGGAUGGGAAACAUCUUUAGAAACAGAAAAAAACAAUGAAGUCGUAAUAUACCUAAGCAACCAUCACCUUGCUAAAUAACAGAUAAUACAGGGAUCGUAUGUCACCUAUCCUCUAGUUCUACAACGGAAC